CGACUGGGCAAUCUCCAGGGCGGAUUCGAUAGCACGACGAACGGCGGAACUGAUAAGCCCGGCGGCGGGAAGCGCAGUCGUUAUGCUGAGAAUGGCGGCGAGGGUCUUUGUUUAUGGAACGCUGAAGCGCGGGGAGCCCAACCACCACUGGCUGACAAGAAAGGAGAAUGGCCAGGCCAGGUUUCUGGGCAGGGGAAAGACGGCGCUGAAGUUCCCCCUGGUGGUGGGCACCCGCUACAACAUUCCAUUUCUGCUCGCCCGGCCAGGCGAGGGGAACCACAUAGAAGGCGAGGUCUACGAAGUGGACCAGGCCAUGUUUUCCAAACUAGACGAACUGGAGGACUACCCAGCCUAUUACGACCGCGAGGAGCAGGCCGUGCUGACAGAGCAGGAUGAGACCAUCCAGUGCUGGCUCUACCUGAUCCGCAACUUCCCCGAGAAGAUGCUGGCCAAGAAGCUGCUGACCUCGUACCACAACACGCCGGAGCAGCCGUACAGCGAAAACUACCUGGACAGCUGCCCCGAGGACCUCGCCAUGGAUGAGUGAGACACGGAAGCUUAUAAAAAAGUAACGUUUAUAAACGGAUUUCAACGCAUGGCUAUUAUUCGUAUUCUAUUACAUUGAUUCCAUACUUCAAAAAUGCAAAACGAAAUGAACAAUAGUA